AUGACCGCCACUGUGCUCCCUACAUAUAAUCCACCGCGCAUGUUCAAGUCAUCACCGAAGCAAUACUCAAAAUCUUCUCACAGCUUGAUCGACCAGAGACUCUUGACUGACUGGCUAUUUGACCCUGAAAACGACAUGUUAGCAGUCAAUGUCGAGACUGCCCUGGGAAUCACACAAGAACGACUGAACAAGAUCAUGUUCUCUUGUCAUGAUCCAAACCGCGUCGGUCCGGGCCGCGUCGACUUGGCCCUCAUGCACGAAAGACUUCGUGCCGUCGACCUCAACAGGGAGCCAGUCGUGGUAAACGGUAAGCUUGUGAAGAACAAGCGGACAGGGGCAUAUGUCUGGGGCCGGUGGGGGACUGAGCGUACGGGAGAAUGGCUCCCGUAUAAUAGAUGA